UGUAAACAGCGGACAAUUACCACUUGGUUGGAGAAUAAAGGACCCAAGACAACUGAGUCCAAAAGCUUACACAGCAAAAUUAAUAACAAUACUGAAGCAAAUCCCAAGAUGACUUCCAUUAAAAAAGAUAACUUUUGUGAGCAUGAUGUGAAAAAGCUAGAGAAUAUUUGUCAGCAAAAUUAUUCAAAAAUAUCUGUGGAAGUUGGUGCAAAGCAUGUAAAUUUGCCUCAGACAGGGAGCAUGUAUAACUGGGAGGCUGAGGACAAAGAUCCAGUCUUAGACACAGAGCCUGUGAAGGGGACACAGUCUGGAGACCUCUUUAAAAAUGCCAACAUCGAUCAGAUGCACAAAACUGGCAAGCAGACUCAGAGAGCCUGUGAAGAAAGCAGUGACAAUUGGACUCAGAGGAAAUUAUCAUCAGACCGGUCUUUGAAAAUGGGAAAUACAAAGCUUUCUUCAAAAGACACCGAGACAGAUGGACAAGUGGCUUCUUGCAAUUCACAGAAGCUGAAGAGUUGCAAUUCUGUCUGUUUAACAGGUGAACAGGAAGAAGGGGAUGUAGUUCCGGAAAGCCCACUUUCAGAUGCUGGCUGUGAUGCUUGUGUAUCUGAUCUUGGAGGUCCUGGGAAACUGAGCAAGUGUCAGAGCAGUUCAGGGGAGUCACCUGCGUUUGAGAAAGAAAGUGAACCAGAGUCACCAAUGGAUGUAGAUAAUUCCAAAAAUAGCUGUCAUGGGUCAGAGGCUGAUGAAGAAACAAGUCCGUUUCUUGAUGAGCGAGAGGAGAUUAAUAUGUCAAAAUCCGUAAACAAAUCUUUUAGAAUUCAAUAUGGGGAUGCUGAACUGGAGUCAAGAAAGUCACGUUUUUCUGCCAAGGUCUCUGGAAGCUUUGAGGAAAUAGAUAAUUCUGUUAAAGAGGGCGGUCUGCCUACAAAAUCACCUGGGAUCUCUCCUGCUCCAUCAUCAGAAUGUAAAGGUGCAAAACAGGGUGUGAAGAGAGACUCCAAAAUCACCUCUCACUUCAUGAGGAUACCUAAGAUCGAUGAGAAAAGCAGAAAAGAAAAAUGUGAAUUCAAACCCCGGAGGCCAGGAAGGAAGAUUCCUAAGUAUACGCCACCUCCUCUUCCAACUAAUAAGAAAUGGUUUGGGACACCAAUUGAAGAGAUGAGAAGAAUGCCUAUGUGUGGGGCCCGUCUUCCUCAUCUGCGACCCUCAGCCAGUCAUACAGUAACCGUCAGAGUAGAUCUUCUGAGGGAAGGAGAGGUCCCUAAGCCUUUUCCAACUCACUACAAAGACUUGUGGGACAACAAACAUGUUAAAAUGCCCUGUUCAGAACAAAAUUUAUACCCUGUAGAGGAUGAGAAUGGAGAUAGAACUGCUGGAAGUCGAUGGGAACUAAUCCAAACUGCCUUACUUAACAAAUUUACUUGCUCGCAUGAUUUGAAGCUUGUAGGCUUUUUCUACAACCAGCUGGUAGGGCGAUGCACAGGUUUAUUUUGUUGUGCUCUUCUUACUGACUUCUGUGAGAAGAUUCUUGAAGAUGCAGAGGCUCAACAUUUGUUCCAGUCCAUUCUUCCUGAUAUGGUCAAGCUGGCGCUCUGCCUCCCUAGUAUCUGCACUCAGCCAAUACCCCUACUGAAACAAAAGAUGAAUCACUCCAUCACAAUGUCACAGGAACAGAUUGCUAGUUUUCUAGCCAAUGCUUUCUUCUGUACUUUUCCACGUCGCAAUGCGAAGAUGAAGUCUGAGUAUUCUAGUUAUCCAGACAUUAACUUCAACAGAUUGUUUGAAGGACGGUCACCAAGGAAGCCCGAGAAACUUAAGACCCUUUUCUGCUAUUUUAGGAGAGUCACAGAAAAAAAACCUACGGGAUUGGUGACGUUUACAAGGCAGUGUCUCCAGGAGUUUCCAGACUGGGAAAGAUCUCAGAAGAAACUGUCUAGAUUGCAUGUCACCUAUGAAGGCACCAUCGAAAGCAAUGGACAAGGUAUGCUACAGGUUGAUUUUGCAAACCGUUUUGUUGGAGGUGGUGUGACUGGGGCAGGACUAGUACAAGAAGAAAUUCGGUUUUUAAUCAAUCCAGAACUGAUUGUAUCGAGGCUCAUCACUGAAGUCUUGGAUCACAAUGAAUGUCUUAUCAUCACAGGUACUGAGCAGUACAGUGAGUAUACAGGCUAUGCAGAAACUUACCGGUGGGCAAGAAGCCAUGAAGAUCAGACCCCAAGGGAUGAAUGGCAGCGACGCUACACGGAAAUCGUUGCUAUAGAUGCGUUUCACUUCAGACGUUUCCUUGAUCAGUUUGGUCCGGAGAAAAUUAGGAGAGAGCUCAACAAGGCCUACUGUGGCUUUUCUCGACCCAGUGUUCCACCUCAACAUCUCUCUGCAAUAGCCACAGGAAACUGGGGAUGCGGUGCCUUUGGAGGGGACUCCCGAUUAAAAGCCUUAAUACAGAUAUUGGCAGCUGCUGAGGCUGGACGUGAUGUUGUUUAUUUUACCUUUGGAGAUGCGGAGCUGAUGCGGGAUAUUUACAGCAUGCACACUUUUCUCUGUGAGAAGGGCCAAACUAUUGGGGACAUUUAUAGGCUGUUACUGAGAUAUUACAAUGAAGAAUGCAGAAGCUGUUCUACUUCAGGACCAGAUGUCAAGCUGUACUCUUUCAUAUACAACACCAUUGAGUCCUAUGCAGAUUCUACUGAUGAUGAUGAAGAAGAAAAAGGGUUGUGCUUUGAGGAUUGAAAUAAAUCUAUUUGAUCAGAAUAUUGUUCAUCUCCUCCCACUGGUAUAUUGUGUGAAUUAAUUGCUGGGUAUAAUGUAUGAAUUGGCUUAACUUAAUAUGUAUUGACUGCAUUGGUAGUUAUGUAUAACACCCAAACAAAAAAAAAACCCCACCCUUGAGAGAUGAGAUUUUUUUGUUUCAUGGUUUCAUACAGGAAAACCUUGUUCAUGUCUGUACAGAAACGAUUUCUUUGGUAAAUCUGGUUUGCAGUAUACCUUGUUAAGCAGGAUAUUUUAGUACACAUUUGUAUUUCAGUCAGAAAAACUGCUGGAAGACUUCAGAAGAUUUCUCUCUAUACCUUUGCCUUUAUUUUUCAGAAAUCUGAUCUGGAUUGCUCAUGUAAGCUUAGUGCUGGAGUGCAGGCAGAGAGAGCGUUAUAAUGAUCGUUCUUACUGAAAAUUGGCCAUAAUCCAAUUACCUCCUUAAGACUGCCACGGAACCUUCGUUAUUAGCAAUUUUUUUCAUUCAUUUAACUUAAAAUGUCCUGGAUUUAAUCUAUUUUCUUAAUAAAUGGUUAAAAAAUGGAAGAUUCUGGAGGAGCUAUAAUGCAUUUCACGACUGCAUUGUCUUCAGUGAAUCUGCAGAAAAGUUAGCAUGAAGAAGUAGAGAAAAAAGCGAAGUAUGGGAGGGUGGGAAAAUGAGAAACGUGACCAAAGUUAAAAGCAGGGGGAAACAUUUUCACACGAAACUCUUCAAUACCAUUUUUCUGGUGCUAUCUGUUACAACGUUGAACAAGGUCUUGGACGCGUUAGUAUAUCUGAAGUUUCUCAAGGGUCGCUGUUGCUGGCGAUGCCAUUUGAAUUAAGGUCUGCUAGUUGUGUUUAUAUUGUCAUAUCAGUUCUCCUUUAUCGCAGUGUGCAUACACGUGAGUAUAAGAUCCCCAUGGGAUGACAUGAGUGAGGAAAUGGAAAUCACUAACGUUACCAGUGGGAGGAAAGUCUGCAGGCUACAGAUAAGAACAGGAGGUCUUGUUAGGAGUUUGCGCCUGCGUCUUUUUAGGCAUGGGAACGAUAACAAUGGAGAGAGGGCAAAAGAUGUGUAAAAACUGUGCUAUUACUAUCUCUGUGAAUACCAAAUUAGUGUUGCUGUAGUACAUUAAUAGUUUAUGCAAAACUGCAGAUACAUCUGUGAUAAAACUUUUCCAGGUCUAUGUACAGGGUCACUCCAGUGAAACGUUUGUUAGGUCAAACCCAGUUUAAGUUUAAGCCCAAAUUGCUAAGUUUCGCCUCUUCUGUGCUAGAUUUUUCUGGUCCGUCGUGGUGCUAUUACCAGUUGAGCACUACAAGUAAAACCCGCAGCAGGAAAUGUAGUGAGCGAAGGCUCUAGUAUCGACAAAUCCUUUCAGCUAAUGUCAGAUAAAACCUCUCCAAGCCUGAAACACGGCGUGGUAAUUAAAUGCUGGAAGCUGUUGGCAGUCUGGCUUACGAAAAGGCACUCGCUGCUUGAGCUGCUCUGGUGGAAGCAAUAGCAAAGAGUUUGGGGUGUUUACAAACACCUUCAGCGCCGCACCUCUGCAUUAAUGCGAAGCGGGCAGCUCGGAAGCAUGUUGCUUGGAAGGCAGCAGGCACAGCAGUGUAAGGGAUUCGCCCUGUUCUUCCCACCAGCUGUAGUUUUUUCUGCCCCCAUACAUUACGACGAAAAUAUUUGGGCUAGGAUUUCAGGCCCUUCUUUGUGUUUGCAACUUGUGUCCUCAGAGUUAGCAGCGAUCUUUUUCUCUUGCUCCUGGUGUCUUCAGUGUUGGCUCGGAUUCUGGCAAUAGGAAUAACAGUGGUUUAUAUAAUAAGCUCUUACUUGGGCAUUCAGGUGCAACCAUGAUAGCGCUUCUAGAUGCAAUGCCAAUGAUAAAUGUACCCUGUUAAUUAAGACAAGUGAUGGAAAAUUGGUGCUAUCUGCCAAACCUUCUUCACCCUACUGCUCAGGAUUUCCUAUAGAAGAGGUGAACAGAAUUUGUUCCUAAACAACUGGAAGAAAAUAGAGCAAAAAGCUUUAGGUGGCUAGUCAUGACCUGCCCUUUCUUGGAAAUAAACACACCUUUAUUAGUGCAAUAUUAAUUUUCAUUGUGAGGGGAAGUGAUUUGUCCAGUAUGAAAAAUGUACCAAAAUAAGAUGGCAUAAAAUUCUACUUUAAUUCUAGAAAUGGAAAAAUAUACUGAACUUUGGACAGAUCCUCUGAAGAUCAUAUUAUAGGGUAUCCAGUUAAGAGAGUUUUUGCGGUGUCAGGUGUUCCCAGGAUAAUCCUAGUUAUUUUGUGCAGCCUGUAUUUUCACGGAUAUCUGAGAAUUUUCUAAUAUGGGGAAGAAUGCCUUUUAUGUGAGAUCACUCUUUAGCAUAUGUUUACCAUAUAUUUUUUUUUUCCCCUUAUGAAAUACGGUUGUAUGGUCAGGAGAAAAGGGAACCACUUACUCAUUUUCUGUUUAAUGUGUUAUCUGAUUAAGAGGGAUAUAUCCUGUGUUCUGCUGCGUGUCCCUGAUCUCCUAAAGGGCAGCGUCGUGAGAACACUUUGAGUAUGACUUGAUCGCAGACAGGCUGAAGAUUAUAUUUUUCUUGGUUGUUUUGGGUUGGUUGGUUGAGGUUUUUUAGCAAAAUAGCCCAGAAUUAACAAAUUAACCACGGUGUUACAUUCCCAUGACUUUCUAAUUCAAUGAAGAGCUAAGCUGCCCGCAAUGCUGCACGUGGAAGCGGGAAUUUUGCAUCAGCCCAACACGUGCUCUGCCUCUUUCUUUCUUUGUCCCUCCACCCACCACUCCCCAUCUAUAAACCACCCGGAAUGCUUUCCUUAGCUGGAGGCGCCUUUUGGCGCUCUGCUGGAAGUAGCGCGGAACGGAGAUGCCGACGGUCUCUGUGCAGCCUGGCAAGCUUCAGUUUCGCCCUUCUAGAAACCUGUUUACGGAGUAUUCCGGUUUGGGGGUUGUUUUUAAUUACUUUAGGUAUGUUUGCUAUAUGAUUUCAAAUAAAAAUAAACUUCCUACCAAAACUUUUGUUUUAUACUUUUUAGCAGCUAAAUUGAAUGCUUAAUAUGGAACAACAACAGGCAGUCAUGUAGAUUGCAAUGUUGCCUCAUAGUCAAGCUUGGUGUCGGAGCACUCCUGUUGUUUUACAGCUCUUGCACCUAAACUCCUCAGUUUUGAGGUUUUCUUACCUAAUGAUGAGUACCCAUUACUGUAUAUAUUAAUUUAUAAACUGUUGAAGUGUUCCUGACAUUCUUCUAAACUUACAGUUUAUGCACCAUUAUAUUAUAUUGAUUUUUCUGGACCUGUAUGCUGAUGUUUACAUGAUUUUGUAGGAAUACGAUUAAAAAAUCCUGAC